AGCGCGCUGCUUUACGGGGUCGAGCACGCGCUGUGCUUCCACCUCUCGCAAAGGCAGUAGCAACGCCAGCCUGGUCAUCCGGAUCCUCCCACAACACGACGACAAGCGGCCGGGACAUGAAGCGGCCCUGAUCCUGCGCUGAGGGGCGAUACUGAUUUAUAGAUUCCCUGCAGGGAUCGGAGGGAGAAAUCCCCUGCCAACACUAAUCAUGAGUAACAAUAUCGGCCCUCACAACAACAACAACAGGCCGGCUAAAAGGGUGACAAAUAGCGGCUCCAUACUGCUCACGGCACAGGAAAAUGAAAGUCUCUUUAACUACCUGGGCAAGAAGUGCGCGACCAUGAUGUCUGCUGUUGUACAGCUAUUUUUCUCAGACCGCAACUCUGUGUGGGUUAAGAAAUGCUGUGGAGUUGUGUGCCUGGUAAAGGACAAUCCACAAAGGUCGUAUUUCAUUAGAGUGUAUGAUAUCAAGGAAGGUAGACAAAUCCAUGAACAGGAACUGUACUAUAAUUUUGUAUACAAUAGCCCAAGACCGUAUUUUCACACGUUUGCUGGAGACGCUUGUCAGGUUGGUUUAAAUUUUGCAAGUGAAGAAGAAGCAAAAAGAUUCAGAAAAACAACAACUGAUUUAAUUGCAAGAAGACCAAGAAAGCCUGAUAAAAAGCGAGAACCUCCAAAUGGGCCAAGUCUACCAAUGGCAACCGUUGACAUCAGAAAUCCAGAAAUCACAAACCGAUAUAAUGCACACGUGAACAACAUUCCAUACAAAAAUGACAAGAAAAAGGCAAAACCUAAGAAGAAAAAACUUACAAAGGCUGAUAUUGGAACACCAAGUAACUUUCAACAUAUUGGACAUGUGGGCUGGGAUCCAAAUACAGGCUUUGAUGUCAACAAUUUGGACCCAGAGCUUAAAAAAUUGUUUGACUUAUGUGGCAUAUCAGAAGCUCAGCUGAAAGAUAAAGAAACCUCAAAAGUCAUUUAUGAUUUCAUUGAAAAAACAGGAGGCGUUGAAGCUGUCAAAAAUGAGUUGCGCAGACAGGGUCCACCGAGAUGGGCUGCACCACCACCACCACCUCCAUCUCGAGGAGGUCCACCACCCCCCCCACCUCCACAUAGCUCAGGUCCACCGCCUCCCCCACCUCCUGCAAGGGGCAGAGUUGCCCCACCGCCACCUCCAUCCAGGGCACCAACAACAGCGCCUCCACCUCCUCCACCUAUUAGGCCAGGGCAGUCGGGGCCUCCGCCACCUCCUAAUAGAAUGUAUCCACCACCACCACUGCCAGGGUAUUCUUCUUCUGCACCCUCAAGCCCCCCACCUCCACCACCUCCUCCACCUUCAUCUGGUUUUGGAGCCGCUGCCCCACCUCCACCACCACCCCCACCACCUGGCCCUCCUCCUGAAUUUUCAUCCGAAAAUGAUCAUCACUCAACUACUUCUGGUGGAAACAAAUCUGCUCUUCUGGAUCAGAUUAGAGGUGGUGCUACGCUAAAGAAAGUAGAUAACAGAGAAAGUCGACCAGCAUCCGGUUCUGGACGCGAUGCACUGCUAGAUCAGAUUCGACAGGGCAAACAGCUGAAAUCUGUAUCUGAUGAGUCCAAUACAGUGGUAUCGACACCUGCAGCCACCGCAGGAAUUGUAGGAGCACUGAUGGAAGUUAUGAAUAAAAGGAGUAAAGCCAUUCAUUCUUCAGAUAGUGAUGAAGAUGAGGAUGAAGACGAAGACUUUGAGGAGGAGGAUGAUGAAUGGGACGAUUGAUCAAUACAUACAUAUAUAUAAUAUAUAUAUAUUUUUUAUGAAUGAAUACUAAACACUUUCUGUCUAUGGAUUCUGUAAAAUGAUCAUGUAAAUUGUCUACCAAUUUGCUGUAUAUUUUUGUUGUCUUUUGCUUUUAUUAAUCGGUGCAAUACCUCACUCAGAAUGCAAAGUUUAGUCCUAAUGCUCCACACAGCUUCUUCCCUCUAAAUGUGCACAAACACGUCCAGUUGCUCAUUGCAUUGGGAGCGAAACUGCAUUGAACUGACACAAGUGGAACGGUGACUAAAUAUCCUUUAAUUGUUAUAAUGAAAAAAAGAAACACUAUUUUCUUACCCUAAUUUUUCUGUACCUAAAUUUCUUAUUAAAAUCUAGAAUAGCACUACAUUUGUUUUUUUAAGUGACGCUGAUCUUGGCUUAUAAAGUCAUUUCAUUUUGAAUGCAAAGCUAAAAGUAUGUUGAUUAUGUAUGUAUGUAUUAACUCCCUCUUUGCACGGUUUUGUUCACACUACAGAUCUGUUUAUAUCCGUUUAUAUUACUGCAAAUCACUUCUACUAAGAAAAAAAAGUCCUUUAUAAGCAAGCAAACAGAACCUGUUUCAGAAUCAGCCUUUAUAGGAGUCAUUAGAAUGUCAGCGAUAAUGAUAUGUAUAGCACACUGAAUAUUUAAUUACCAGCCCUGCCACUAGAAUGCCUUUCCAUAUAUAAUGUGUAUUACAUAUUCACAUUUCAGAUGCAACCGCCAGUUUUAAUGCCGAUUUCAGUUGUAAUUUGUUUUUGUUUUGACAGGAUGAAUGCUAAGUGCUUGCUUAGAUAAAGUUGGGCUUAAUUCUGAAAUGAAUGUAGGGCAUGCUGCAGAUACUGAUAUUUACAUUCAGUGCCCUUAUAUGUACUGCUUUUUUGCAGUCUGUGGGUUAAAUCAUUGCAGAUGUAAGACACUAAAAUACAAUCAUAGGAACACUAUUUGGAAUGACAUGAGUAUUAGUCUGUAUAAGAAAAUAAACACUUAUGUAACAAACCUGACUAUUGCAAUAUUCUGUUAUCCGGAGAAAAACUUGGAGAACAGACAUUGAAACAAAUAAAGAACAACGUGUGUAUACAAAA